UAGAGGAAGUGAGGAUGGUGAGGAGAUAGAUAGAAGAUGGCGGAGGCCGUUGUAGACGGGACUCCGAUGUCCCGAUUUUUUUGCCACAAAUGCAGUGUCGAAAUUGAGCGUUUGUUACCAAAUUACACAUGUCCGCAAUGUGCAAGUGGUUUCAUUGAAGAGCUAGAAAGUAGCAGCAAUGAAGGAAGUUCUGGCAUGGAAGUUAAUAGUGAAGAUAUGAGCGAUGUGGAUGUUGAUAUCUUGGGAUAUUCCUCACAGCGCACAGAUCGUGAUUCUGAUAUAAUAGAAAUGAUAAUGGGAUUAUCAAAUACAUAUACUAAUCAACAGUCAAAUACCAAUCAACAACCAAGUGGUGCUAAUAGAAACAGUAUGCUUGGAAGUAGAAGAAGAUUUCGUUCUUUUCAAGAUGGACGUCGCAGCACUAGCAGCAAUCGUAGAAGACAAGAGAAUCUACAAGUGCCUAUAGAGCAUUUUAUACAAGAUUUUAUUUUGAAUCUAUCAGGAGCAGCAAGUCUAGGCCACUCUGUAGGACAAGAUACCCAACCAUCUGUAUUCAAUAUUAGACUGUUCUUGGGAAAUCCUGGAGAUUAUGUAUGGGGUCGUGAUGGAUUAGAUGCUAUUGUUACCCAAUUAUUGAAUCAAAUGGAUGGUACUGGCCCUCCACCAUUACCACGCAAGCAGAUUGAUGAAAUACCUACCACUACAAUAUCACAAAGUCAAGUUGAUUGUAAACUUCAAUGUUCUGUUUGUUGGGAAGACUUCAAGUUGGGAGAACCUGUCAGACAACUUCCUUGUCAACAUGUUUAUCAUGCACCUUGUAUUGUACCCUGGUUGGAAUUGCACGGAACAUGUCCUAUCUGCAGACAAAAUUUAGGAAAUCAAAACCCAGGUGAAACUACUCAAGAUACUGCAAACACCUUAGCUGGGUCUAGUUUUGCCGCUUUAUUUAGGGCAGCAAAUGAAGCAAAUCGAACAGGACAACCAAUCAGCCGAACAUCGUCUACUUCGUCAUCCACUUCGUCAUCUACUGAGUAGCUCUAAAACUUUAAAUAAGAGAUUUGAGAAUACUAUUUUUUCUUUCGGUCAUCUUGUCUCAUAUUACAAUCAUAUCUAUUUUAAACAUAGUAAUACCAUUUUUGACUCUUUUCGUCACAACACAUGUCUUUUUGCAAGAGCUAUAUAUAUAUAUGAAUGAUGCGUGCGCGCGCGCGCGCGCGUGUGUGUAUGUAUAUGUAUGAACUAUACAAUAUAUUGAUUAAUACUCUGACAGUGGAUUAUUCUUUCAUUUUUGACUUAUAAUUUUGAUAAUAUCUUGGUAAAAAAUCAUUUUGGACCACUUAACUAUCAAAUAAAAGAUAAAAAAUUUUCCACUAGUCCGCUGUUAGAAGAUUAAUAACUACAAUUAUAUUAAACAAUUCAAAUAAGAAAAUCGUAGAUUAAAUUUCAAUAUAUUCUGUAUCUUGCGCAGUUUACGAUUAAAUUGAACAUUAAUACAGUCUUAUAAUAUUCAAUGAUGAUUUUUGAUUUAGUGUUUGUAAAUACUUCGUCAAAAGUAAUAUUCUGAGAACGUGCCGCAUAAUGAAUUAUAAAUAUUAUUAUAGACAAAGUUUUUAAUAUUUUAUACUUUAAUUUUAAUAAAAGUGAUAGAAAGAAAAAAGAGAAGAAACAACUAUGAGAUAAAGGCGCGUACAAGUGACACUCGUGUAGUUCUCACAAACAUUGUUGUAAAUAUGUAUGAACUUUUUUUUUGAGUAGUAGAACUUCAAGCAAGUUUGUGGAAAAUCCUAUUAUUUAUAUACAUAUAUGUACGCUUAUAUGUAAACUUUUAUACGUAGAAGUUUACAUAUAAAUUUUUUUAUCGCCGAGACUCAAUACACAAAUAUCAAUAUAACUUACUAUAUCUGAUUGGAUAUAGUAAAAGUAAUAUAAACUAUAAAAGAACAAAACAUAAAUUUUACAAAUUAUUUUUACUUUAUACAAAAAAAGUAAUCUAAUUUUGUUUGAUUUUAGUUCUGUAAGAUACGUACGAUAUGUGUUUUAGUUUUUAUAUGAGUCUCGACGAAUAAAAAUGUGAAAGAAACGCUGAGUUCAGUUUUUCUUAAUGUGUUAACAACCGUUUAAUGCGAUAGAAAUGUGACUUAAUGUUUAUGAAAUUGUUUUUAGCAUAAAAAUGCAUAUUGCGUGCAAAAAACAAGAAAUGUGCAGAAGAAAUAUAAGAAUGUAUCCCCCUCCUAACAUACUUCUAUAUAUAGCGGAUACUUAAGAAAAUAUACUCAUGAAGAAAAAUUGUUACAUCUAAUAAUUGUAGUUUGCAACAAACGCAAGUUACACAAUGUAUAAACAUAAAAUAAGAUAUACAGUAAAGAAUAUGUGAUUAGUAUUUAGAUAUUGUAUCUAAAUUUUCUCACUAUUAUCGCAUAAAUAGAGCACAUUCUUACGCAUCAUUUGUAUUACACAAUAGACAAACAUCUUAUGCUAAUAUAUUUAUGUAUCACGAAGAGAUGUUAUUCUACGCUACUAGCAAACUUCUAUUUGAAUUAUACGCAUUAUUUUGCACUCUA